GCGAUUCACAUGCAACCAAGCACAACCGCGAGCGCAGAGGAGAUAUAAAAUCGGAGCCGGCCGUCAAGCCCCGUCCUCCAGCCGAUUGCUCCCCCCCCCUCAUCCACCAUGACUUCACCACAGCGAGGUCCUACCGAAGACGGCCAGACGACCAGCAGCGUCCGCAAAGGCAUGGAGCUCGAUGUCACCAGGCUCGAGUCCUUUCUGUCCGGCGUCAAGACUCUCAAACUCCAGCCGCCGCUCGAUAUCCGUCAGUUCAAGUUGGGCGAAAGCAACCCGACCUAUUUUCUGAAGGACGCCAGAGGCUCGCGCUGGGUCCUUCGCAAGAAGCCGCCGGGAAAGCUCAUUUCAAAAACGGCGCAUGCGGUCGAGCGGGAAUACCGCAUUCUGCAUGCUCUCGGCACCAAGACCGACGUCCCUGUGCCCAAGGUCUACGUGCUCUGCGAGGAUCCUGCUGUCUUGGGCACGCCGUUCUAUGUCAUGGAGUUUCUCGAUGGAAGGAUCUUCGAUGACAACCUCUUAAGAGAUCUUCAACCGUACGCGCCGUAUCGCCACCUCCGGUCGGUUGUGCGCACGCUUGCCAAGCUGCACAAGACCGACAUUGUCGCCGUCGGCCUCGAGAGCUACGGCAAGCACGGCGGGUUCUACACCCGCCAAAUCGAGAGUCUCUAUCGGGUUUCGCAAGCCCAGGCCGCUGUCAAGGAUUCGAGCGGUGACAGCGUUGGCGAGAUCAAGGGCAUCGCCGAGAUCCUUGCCUGGUUCAAACGCAACCAGGUCCGCGAUGAGGUUACGUUGAUGCACGGCGACUUCAAGCUCAACAAUGUGGUCUUCCACCAGCGGAACGAAAACGUCAUUGGUAUCCUGGAUUGGGAGCUAUCCUCGAUCGGACACCCGCUCGCCGACCUGGCCAACCUGCUUCUCCCUUGGUAUGCUCCCGGAGACGGCUACAACUCCAUCAUGGGCAUCCGCAAUGCAAAGCGACCCAUGGCGAUCCCGGAGGCCGAGGAGCUGAUUCAGUACUACUGUCAGAUGGCCGGCCGGCCGUAUCCGAUUCCACGAUGGGACUUUUGCAUCGCCUUUGCGUUCUUCAGGACGGCCGUGAUUCUCCAGGGCAUCGCUGCAAGAAUCAAGAUCGGCCAGUCCAGCUCCCCGCUCGGCAAGACCUAUGCGGGGCUCUUCCAGACGAUGGCAGAGUGUGGUUUCGAGAUUGUCGCGCGUGGCGAUCUGGACCAGCUGGCGAGACUGUAGUCGAGGGCUGGAUGCAUGAGGGCGGUGCUCGAUGCCUGGAUUGAUGGCAGCAUCUGGUUUCUGGGAAGUAUCUUCUCCAAGAAGGGGUGGCGCCCCGAGCGAUACGACGAGUGAUGGCCUUGCCAAAUGAGUCACUGAACACGGCGACCAUCGCGAUGCAUGA